AUGAGCGAAUUCCAACCAGUUGUUGUCGUUGACGGUAAGGGUCAUUUAUUAGGUAGAUUAGCAUCUAUUGUUGCUAAGGAACUUUUAAAUGGUCAAAAGAUUGUUGUUGUCAGAUGUGAAGAAAUGAACGUCUCUGGUGAAUUUUUCAGAAACAAAUUAAAGUACCACGACUACUUGAGAAAGUCCACCAACUUCAACCACAGAAGAGGUCAAUUCCAUUUCAGAGCUCCAUCCAGAAUCUUCUAUAAGGCUGUUAGAGGUAUGAUUCCACACAAGACUGCUAGAGGUGCAGCAGCUUUAGAAAGAUUAAAGGUCUUCGAAGGUGUCCCACCACCAUACGACAAGAAGAAGAGAAUUGUUGUUCCUCAAGCUUUAAGAGUUUUAAGAUUAAAGCCAGGUAGAAAAUACACCACUCUUGGUAAGUUAUCUGCUUCUGUUGGUUGGAAAUACGAUUCUAUUGUCUCUACUUUAGAAGACAAGAGAAAGGCAAGAGCAGCAGAAUACUACGCAAAGAAGUUAGUUGCUGCAAAGAAGUUGACUGCUGCAAAGGCAUCUGUUGCAGAAUCCGAAGCUUCUCAAAAAUUAGCUGCUUUAGGUUACUAA